AUGAGCUGUUCACUCGCCUGUACCCAAUCACAUAAGAUUUACUGCGCACCAAAGGCUACACCCCCGGACGAAGAACCGAAAGCCACGGCUUCGCACGCGACUGCUCCGACUCCCUUACAGAAUGGCGAUACUACGCCAGAAACUGCGGGAAAUACCUCGAGUAAGAAGAAUGAGGCUUCAGCUGCUGCUAUAGCUAGCUCAUCGGAGCUUCAAGCGCUAUUCUCCCGCUAUCCUCAGCUUCGCAGCCAGCUUCGCGAGAUAUACCAGGCGACCCAGGAGGAGGAAUGGCAAGAAUGGUACACCCCUCCUACAAGGGGAAGGCCCUACGGCCGAGGAGGGCGAGGCCCUUCACGCCGGAGUCGAGGCUCAUGGACUGCGGAAAAGGGAUUCAACCGCGGCCUGGGCAAAGUGCGGAAGCUCCGACAAGAUUGUGACGGAGGGAUGGAGACCGGGGUCAAAGCAGAGGCCUUUAUGGAAUUUCUGGCGGUGGUCAACAAGGACCGACAGGCUCAAUCUCAAUCUCAAUCACAAGAGUGA